AUGCCUUCCCUCGAAGACAGUUCUAAGAAUGACUCCAGACUGCUGCUCAUUUCAAAUCGGUUACCGAUUACGAUAAAACGCUCCGAAGACGGGAAGUAUGACUUUUCCAUGUCAUCUGGCGGCUUGGUUAGCGGUCUGAGUGGUCUAUCGAAAUCCACUACGUUUCAAUGGUAUGGCUGGCCUGGCCUAGAGGUCCCCGAAGAAGAGAUACCGGUGGUGAAGCAACGGUUGAAGGAUGAAUACAAUGCGGUUCCCGUAUUUAUCGAUGAUGAGCUCGCGGACCGGCAUUACAAUGGAUUCUCCAAUUCGAUUCUGUGGCCCCUUUUCCAUUAUCAUCCUGGUGAAAUCACGUUCGAUGAAUCUGCUUGGGACGCUUACAAGGAUGCGAAUCGAUUAUUUGCGCGGGCCGUUGCGAAAGAAGUCCAGGAUGGCGAUCUAAUUUGGGUGCAUGACUACCAUUUGAUGCUUCUCCCUGAGAUGCUUCGAGAAGAAAUCGGAGAUCAGAAGCAGAAUGUUAAAAUUGGGUUCUUCCUCCACACCCCCUUCCCUAGCAGUGAAAUUUACAGGAUUCUUCCGGUCCGAAACGAGCUGUUGCUUGGGGUCCUCCAUUGCGACCUCAUAGGCUUCCACACCUACGACUAUACAAGACAUUUCCUGAGCGCUUGCUCGCGCUUAUUGGGAUUGGCGACGACUCCCAACGGUAUUGAGUUUCAGGGCAAAAUCAUUGCCUGCGGAGCUUUCCCGAUCGGCAUUGACCCGGAGAAAUUCCAGGAGGGUCUUAAGAAAGAAAAGGUCCAGAAGCGGAUUGCACAGCUUGAACAGAAGUUCCAAGGAGUGAAGCUUAUGGUGGGUGUUGACCGCCUUGACUAUAUAAAGGGCGUUCCGCAAAAGCUGCAUGCGCUGGAAGUGUUCCUUAGCGAUCAUCCUGAAUGGGUUGGUAAAGUUGUCCUGGUCCAAGUUGCUGUCCCCAGUAGACAGGAUGUCGAGGAGUAUCAGAAUUUGAGGGCUGUUGUGAACGAGCUGGUCGGCCGCAUCAACGGGAAAUUUGGUACUGUGGAAUUCAUGCCAAUCCACUUCCUGCACAAGUCGGUCAAUUUUGAUGAACUGAUUGCCCUGUAUGCCGUGUCGGAUGCGUGCAUUGUUUCGUCAACUCGAGAUGGCAUGAAUCUGGUCGCGUACGAAUAUAUUGCAGCUCAACAAAAGCGGCACGGUGUUUUGGUUCUCUCAGAGUUUGCCGGUGCAGCCCAGAGUCUCAAUGGCAGUAUUAUCAUUAACCCUUGGAACACCGAAGAACUCGCUGGUGCCUACCAGGAGGCUGUCACCAUGAGCGACGAGCAAAGGGCUCUGAAUUUCUCUAAGUUGGACAAAUAUGUCAAUAAAUAUACGAGUGCCUUCUGGGGCCAGUCAUUCGUAACGGAAUUGACGAGGAUAUCUAGCCAAUCUGCGGAGAAAUUCCAGUCUAAGAGGGCUUCCCUGACCGGCACGUACCACGAACAAGUGAACGGUGUAGAAUCCGAGGGAUCGGCUUGA